AUGCCGACUCGGUUCGGGAGCCCCCGCCUGGGAUUGAUUAGUCCGUGGCCCGCGCUAAUGAGAGCCGGCUGCGCGCGGCCCGCGCCCCUCUGCCCCCGGAGACCGGCAUCCCCCGGCCGCGGAGCCUCCCAAGGCGAUCUGGAGACCUCCCGCUCCCUGUGUUCUCGUGCGGAGGUCCCCAGCCCCUCUGAGCUCUGGCCCCAGGCCUCAGCCAGUUCCUGGCUCUUCUGUCAGAAACACCGAUUCCCCGCUCCACCUCACGCUCCUGCGGGGCUCUGGGCCCUUGCUCCAGCCCCUGGCCAGGCCUUCCCUGCUUGGCGCUCUCUCUGCACACAGAUGUGUGGCUGGCCAGUGGCCUGUGUUGGGACAGUGAUGCUUCCCAGGCGUCUGGAUCCCACGCAGUUCUGCCCUGGCCUCUGUGUGACCGGGACGCCUUUCCUUCUGGACCGGGAGGAGGAGCCGGGAUGGAUGAGGAGAUGCUGGAGGGCCAAAUACGAAGAUGAACGAAGUCACCGAAAGUUCCACAGUCAACUUGGAUGCAGCAGCAGUUCACAAUCAGGUCCGCAACCCUGGAUCAUGACUGGGGUCAGGUGCCGCGCACCCCGCACGGUGGUUGUGAUUGGCGUCUCUUUAGAACAGCUCGGGCGGUUCUUCACUGGACUAGAAGAACCGGGGUUGUCUGGAAGCUCCUGUUCAGUUUUGACAAUCCCUACAUGUGGAACUGGAGUGUGCACUCGGCUCUGUGUGGCUUUCAUAUUUUGGGAAACAUCCAGGGGUCUUCCUGACCUAGCGUUUCUUCAUCCCCCUCCUAGGAGGUAGCCUAAGGGUCUGCAGGGGCUUUGCAGGGUGUCAAAGUUGCAGGCACCGCCCCAGCCCCCAGCCUUACCCUACUUGGAGUAGGCCCUGCCUCACCCUUUUUGCUGAAGCUGAGGGGAACCAGUGCCUUUUCUAGCUCCUACCAUGGCCUGACUUCCUCCUGCUCUCAUGAAUGGCCCUCUAUCCUACCCAUUAACAAAGGAGACCUUCCAGCUUCCACAGGGACCAAAAAGAAGCCUUAGAGGCUUGUGAUGAAACCAGAGGGUACAAGACUUGCCUAGCUUGUAUUAAAAUCUAGGUCUGAGAUCUCAAUCUCUCUCUCUGUCUCUCCCUCUCUCCCUCCCUCCCUCCCUCCCUCCUUCCCUCCCUCCCUCCCUCUCUCUCUCUCUCUCUCUCUCUCUCUCUCUCUCUCUCUCUCUCUCUCUCACACGCACACACACACAGAACCUUCUUUCACUUAAAACUCAGCUUCAUCCAAGAAUCUGAGACAUGGUUGAGCAUUGGAUGCUUGUAUAGAAGACCCAGGCCCAUGUUUGGUAGCUCACAACUGUUUGUAAGGCUAGUUCCAAGGGAUCUAGGGAUCUGACACCCUCUUUUGACUUUUUUUUUUUUUUAAGAUUUAUUUAUUAUGUAUACAACAUUCUGCCUUGAUGUAUGCCCGCACGCCAGAGGAGGGAGCCAGAUCUCAGUACAGAUGGUUGUGAGCCACCAUGUGGUUGCUGGGAAUUGAACUCAGGACCUCUGGAAGAGCAACCAGUGCUCUUAACCUCUGAGCCAUCUCUCCAGCCCCCUCUUUUGACUUCUUUAGACAUUAGGCACACACAACAAACCUUUUUUUUUUUUUUUGUAAAUCAGCAUCAUCAGGGUAGUGUCGCCUUAUGUCACUGAAAUGUGUCCUGGGAGGGAGAAGGAAGUGCACUGUGGACCCUACUGACUUGAAUAAAUCGGUUUUUU